AUGUCGUCUCUCAACUCUUUGUCUCUCGAUAUGAUGGGGAUGAAGGCAGAGCAACAAUUCAAAAUGAGACAUCGCCUAAUCGACGGCCCUACACUCAAACUUGAACAUCUAUGCAUCAGAGCAGAUGAGACCAUAUGGUUUGCAGCACUCAAUAAAUGCUCGUCAACUCAUCUCAAGUCGUUGGACGUUGGCAGAGUUUCAUUCGAGCAAUGGCUCGCUUGCCAGCAUGUGGAGUUCCAACGUGUUGAAAGUCUUCGACUUUUCAUGGACGACACAGACAGCACUCGUGAAAGGCCAAGUCUGUCAAUGAAUUUCCGGACGGUAUUUGUAGCCAGGAGCAGCUUCAGAAAUCUGAAGACCUUGAUUCUUUGUGAGGGUCCAAGCAAAUUGGCCAGAAAGAUUGACACUCUGCAGCAAAGACGUCGAUUUUAUGAAAACGUAAGAAGUCUUGCGCGGGAGCUUCGAGAGUCAUUCCCAGAACUGGAACGAUUUUCCUGCAAUUUCUGGUCUGGACGUCUCGGAAACAUCAUGGAUGAAACGGGAAUGACAGGACGGCAUGAUUGGGGACGGUUUUACAACGUGCUGGUCAACCUUGUCGCGAAUGAACAUCCUAGACUGCGAGAGAUGUGCAUCCUGGUAGAGAAGCCUCACUUCUACCAGUGGGAGCGGAUCAGAAACACUACUGUCCGGCGAAAUCAUCAAGGUUUCAACCUCCACGUCUUCCCAUUCGGACUUGGCGAUUGA